AGCGCGGCGAACACUGGAAGCUGGAGCUGGCAGGUUGCUGAUGGUGGGGUGCUCCUGGAGGGGCUGCGGCCAGUCCCGAUGGACUCCACCGCCUGCUUGAAGUCCUUGCUCUUGACCAUCAGUCAGUAUAAAGCCAUUAAAUCCGAGGCGAACGCUGCCCAGCUUUUGCGGCACUUGGAGGUAAUUUCUGGUCAGAAGCUUACAAGAUUGUUUACAUCAAAUCAGAUAUUACCAAGUGAAUGCUUGAGUUGCCUUGUAGAGCUACUUGAAGACCCAAACAUAAGUGCCCCACUGAUCUUAAGUAUCAUCAGUUUGCUAUCUCAACUAGCUGUAGACAGUGAAACCAGAGACUGUCUUCAGAAUACAUACAAUCUGAACAGUGUUCUUGCAGGAGUGGUUUGUCGGAGUAGUGCUUGCCACAACGAUUCCGUAUUCUUGCAGUGCAUUCAACUUCUGCAGAGGUUAACAUAUAAUGUCAGAGUUUUUCAUUCUGGUGCCAAUAUAGAUGAAUUGAUUACAUUCCUGAUUGAUCAUAUUCAAUCUUCUGAAGAUGAAUUAACUAUGCCUUGUCUAGGAUUAUUGGCAAAUCUUUGUCGACAGAAUCUUUCUGUUCAAACACACAUAAAGACGUUGAAUAAUGUGAAAUCUUUUUAUCGAACUCUUAUAAGCUUCUUGGCCCACAGUAGUUUAACUGUGGUUGUAUUUGCACUUUCAAUAUUAUCCAGUUUGACAUUAAAUGAAGAGGUUGGUGAAAAGCUGUUCCAUGCUCGAAACAUUCAUCAGACUUUUCAACUGAUAUUUAAUAUUCUCAUAAAUGGUGAUGGCACAUUAACUAGAAAAUAUUCAGUUGAUCUACUGAUGGAUCUUCUUAAGAAUCCUAAAAUUGCUGAUUAUCUUACCAGGUAUGAACACUUUUCUUCAUGUCUGAAUCAAGUUUUAGGUCUUCUUAAUGGAAAAGAUCCUGACUCAUCUUCAAAGGUUUUAGAAUUACUUCUUGCCUUCUGUUCAGUGACUCAGCUGCGGCAUGUACUCACUCAGAUGAUAUUUGAACAGUCUCCAUCUGGCAACAUCAUUGUGGGAAGCCGUUCUAAAUGCUUAGAACCUAUUGUGGCUCUGCUUCGCUGGUCAAGCCAGCCAUUGGAUGGGUCAGAAAACUGUUCCAUUUUAGCACUGAAAUUGUUCAAGGAAAUAUUUGAGGAUGUUAUAGACACUGCUAACUGCUCUUCAGCUGACCGCUUUGUGACCCUGUUGCUGCCUACACUCCUUGAUCAACUUCAGUUCACAGAACAAAACCUAGAUGAGACUUUAAUAAGAAAAAAAUGUGAAAGAAUGGUCAAGGCCAUUGAAGUUUUGUUAACUCUGUGUGGAGAUGAUACUCUAAGAAUGCACGUUGCAAAACUUUUGACUACUCUCAAAUGUACCACUCUGAUAGAGCAACAGUUUACAUAUGGCAAGAUUGACCUGGGAUUUGGAACAAAGGUAGCAGAUUCUGAAUUAUGCAAACUUGCUGCUGAUGUAGUUUUAAAAACUCUUGAUUUGAUGAACAAACUUAAACAAUUGGUUCCUGGUAUGGAAGUAAGUUUCUACAAAAUCCUUCAGGAUUCGCGCUUGGUUACUCCCUUGGCUUUUGCUUUAACAUCAGAUAAUCGAGAACAAGUACAGUCUGGAUUGGGAAUAUUAUUGGAAGCUGCUCCACUGCCCGAUUUCCCUGCUUUAGUGCUUGGAGAAAGUAUAGCAGCAAAUAAUGCCUACAGACAACAAGAAACAGAACAUUUGCCCAGAAGAAUGCCUUCACAACCAUUAAAUCACAGUUUUCCAACAUCAGUAAAGUCUUCAACUCCUCCACUUUUGAAAGAUAGAGUUCCUGGACUGAACAUUGAGGAAUUAAUAGAAAAACUUCAAUCUGGAGUUGUGGUAAAGGAUCAGAUUAGUGAUGUGAGAAUAUCUGACAUAAUGGAUGUAUAUGAGAUGAAAUUGUCCACGUUGGCUUCCAAAGAAAGUAGGCUGCAAGAUCUCUUGGAAGCCAAGGCUUUGGCCCUUGCACAAGCAGAUAGACUGAUUGCUCAGUAUCGCUGCCAGAGAACUCAAGCUGAGACAGAGGCACGAACACUUGCUGGUAUGUUGAGAGAUGUUGAGAGAAAAAAUGAAGAGCUUGGAAUGUUGAUAAAGUCACAACAAGUUGAAUCAGAAAGAGCCCAGAGUGAUAUUGAACAACUCUUUCAGCAUAACAGGAAGUUAGAGUCUGUAGCUCAGGAACAUGAAGUACUAACAAAAUCUUACAUGGAACUUCUUCAGAGGAAUGAAACUGCUGAUAAGAAGAAUAAAGAUUUACAGAUCACAUGUGAUUCUCUGUCUAAACAAAUUGAGACAGUGAAGAAGUUGAACGAGUCACUCAAACAACAAAAUGAAAAAACUAUUGCCCAAUUAAUAGAGAAAGAAGAACAAAGAAAAGAAGUACAUAACCAACUCGUAGACAGAGAAUGUAAGCUAGCAAAUUUGCAACAAAAAACAAAAGUACAAGAAGAAAAGAUUAAAGUAUUACAAAAAGAAAAGGAAGAUAAGGAGGAAAGCAUUGAUAUCCUUAGAAAAGAAUUAAGCAGAACAGAACAGAUAAGAAAAGAUCUGAGCAUUAAGGCUUCCUCUCUAGAGGUUCAAAAGGCCCAACUAGAAGGUCGUUUGGAAGAGAAAGAGUCAGUGGUGAAACUUCAGCAAGAGGAGUUGAACAAGCAUUCUCAUAUGAUAGCAAUGAUCCACAGUUUAAGUGGUGGAAAAAUAAGUCCAGAAACUGUGAAUCUCAGUAUAUAGACAUUAUAGCAUAUUGGAGUACGUAAUCUAAUAUUUUUGAUGUAUUUAUCUAUGGGGGAGGUGGGGUAUAAAGGUAAUUUGUAACACCAAAACAAUAGCAAAUUAUUAUGUAAUUAUUAAUUUAGUAAAGACUGAUGUG